AUGAAUGUUUAAGUAGAGAUGGUACAUCUAAUCUUAAAUACUCAAGAUUCUUUCACUUUUAAUGACAUGGAAAAUUUGGGUCCAUGGUAUAAAUAUGGAGGUAGCAUACAUUAAGAACUUUAAAGAAUAUCCUCAUUGAAAUUAGGCAAAUCCGUCUCAGAACAUCAAACAGACAAGAUAAUAAGUUCCAAUAGAUAAAUAAUUCAAAUGCAAUCUGGGAGAAGGUUUUCAUAAGAAAUCAUUAAACAAACAUAAUUUCCUCUUGAUGAAAAAAUCAUGAAAUCUGCAUCAAUCCACUAAGAAUCCAAAAGCAGAACAUAAUUAUUUAAAUAGCUUAGAUCACCUAAACCGAAAGAUAAUUCUUUGAUCACUACAAAACAAGAAGAAACUCAAACUAAUAAUAUUAAAUAGGAAAAAACAAAUGUUGGCUUUUUUGUCCAAUGUUAUCCUAACAGAAACAGAUCUAAAUUGUCUAAUUUUUAAACUUCCAAAGAGUACUUUGAAGUAAAAUAAUAUUUAUUAUUUAAGAGAAAAUAGCAUUGAAAAUGAUGUAUGGUCUUAAUAGAGUUUAAAAUGAUGAAACAACAUAAAAUACAAAUUAAAAUCAAUAAUUUAUUAUAUAAUAAGAACAAAAAGAAAGAAAUGUAUAAUCUAGAAUAGCUCCUAAGACAGUAGGCAGAAACUAUUUUUAUAAAAAAGAAUUAAAAUUUCAUAAUACUAAUACAUCUUAAACAAAUCUAAAUAAAACUAUUAAUAACUCUAUCAAUUCCUUAUUAAAUCACCCAUAAAAUAUUGCAAAAUCAAGAAUUCCAUUUCAUAAAAUUAUUAAUAAAAAAACUGUUAUUUCUUUUGCAUCCCAAAAUCAACUAUUAGAGAAGUAGUAUUAACAAUCAUAACUUUAACAUAACAAAAUUUAAAGAAUGAUUAGUAGUUGA